AUGGUGUUCUCGGAAAUCACGGGCACACUUUCUUUCCUUCAGCCACAACCCGACGACGAUAUCGCCGAUCGACUGCACUAUUACUACACGAGCACGUUUUUGCUCCUGACAGCGGUGUUGAUUUCGUUAAAAAUGUUUGGCGGUCGGCCGAUCGAGUGCUGGCUGCCGGCCGAGUAUCGCAAAAGUUGGGAAGAGUACACGGAGAUGUACUGCUGGGCCCGGAGCACCUACUUCACCCCGUUUCAUGAGGAGCUUCCCGAAGCUGAUGAUCGAGCAAAAAAAAUGGUCUCCUAUUAUCAAUGGGUUCCUUUCUAUUUCGUUGUCGUUGCUUUCACUUUCUAUGCUCCGUGUCUUAUUUGGAGGAUCAUGUACGAUAAAUCGGGCAUUCGUUUGAAAGACAUCAUGAGUUUUGCCAACGAUAAGAGCAAUGUGCGUCCGGAGUCCCGUCAAGCCAACAUCAAGGGUCUUUCGGCUCAUUUGUCCUCCGUUUUCAAGCAUCGCUUCAAAUUUGGAACAGAUCAUCCAUUCCAUCACAAGAUCAUGCGUUUCUUCAACUUCCGCUACUACGAGGCUUACCUCACUUUCCUCUACAUUGGGAUCAAGUUUCUCUAUCUGAUCAACGUGUUGUUUCAAAUGAUCUUGAUGAAUCGUUUCCUCCAGACAGAAUCCUAUGGGAUUUAUGGAUAUGGAGUGGUUUGGGAUCUGAUCCAUGGUCGCGAGUGGACCGAGUCGACGAAUUUCCCCGUGGUCACCUAUUGUGAUAUGCAGAUAAGGAUUCUCGGAAAUGUGCAGCGACACACCGUGCAAUGCGUCCUCAUCAUCAAUAUUUUCACGGAAAAGAUUUUCAUCUUGCUAUGGAUGUGGUACACUUUAUUGGCGAUGAUGACGCUGGGGAGCAUUUUGUCGUGGAUCUUCACCUCGAUACCAUUACAAGAACGACGUAAAUUCGUCGCUCGUCGCCUCGAGUUGGCCGAUGUGAACUUCAAAAAAGCUGAUUUCAAUAUGGAAUUGGAUGAGUUCGUGAACGAUUAUAUAAAAAUGGAUGGGAUUUUCGUCCUUCGCAUGAUCACCAUUCAUUCGGGGAUUUUAAUUUGCACUGAAGUCGUCGACUUGAUGUGGGAUCAAUUCCUCGAGGAGCAAGGCCACAGCAUUAUUGAGCAGCUAAUCAAAGAAAGCGGAAAACACGCUGAACAUGGACAGGGAUUGGACAGAGAAAGGGCACCGUCGGCGAUGAGUGAUAUUGGCGCACUUCGGCGAAAAACGAGCGUCUUGGUGCCACUCGUUUCCCGUGAGGAUCUCACGCAUCUCGAGCAUCCCUAUUUGCGUCCGCCGAGUCGUAUGAGGGAUUUAUCUCCAACG